AUGACAUAUGGAAUCCAAUGGGAUGAAGACAGACAAGAAUUGUAUAUUCCAGUUAUUCCAAAUAACCACAUCGAUCAGAAGACCACCAUAGAGGGGGAAGGAGAGAAAGAGUAUAGAUUAACACCUUGGAGAGAAGAAGAUAGGGGAGAUAUGGUGAGAAUUUGUAAUCAUCCAGAAAUUGGUAAAUGGUCUUUCCGUAGACCAUUUCCGUUCUUACCUUCCGAUGCCGACUAUUUCUUAGUUCUUCGACGACCUGAAAUCCAACAUACCCUCUCUCUCCUCUACUAUAUCUUACAAUCCAUCUACACAAAAAAACGAGAAAAACCUAUCCGUUUUAUCUUCCGUAUCAAGCCUCAAUGA